UACCACAGAGUAUUGAUCAUCGGCGAAGGGAUUUGCAUCUAGCUAUUUCAGUAAGGAUUGAUCGUGGUUACUAAUUAAAAAUGUUCUCGGGGAAGCCUGUCCAGAUUUCCAUGAUUGUGAGCAUUUCAAACGUGCCGGACUCGUAGGGGGCCCAUAUGUACUCGAAUGGAAUGGCCUGUUGGGUGUUUUCGCAACGUUCAGUGACAGUGCACUAGUGUACAGAGUAACGUACAGUGGCGUAUAGUAGUGAAACCAGUAUGGCGUAGAGCAUUGGCGUACAGAGGUUGAUCCUAGUGCGAGCAGUUACGGUGCGCUGGAAUCGAACUAACAUGGAGUAAGUGAAACCCGAGGUGGCUGCGUUGUCUUUUAAAUAUUGAUUUGCGCUUAGAACGGACGCGAUGCUGGCACCAUGAGCCGAUUCUCGAGAUUCCUCCGAGUCAAUCACAAAAUAUCCAGGGAAGAAUGCCGUCGAAUAAGUUAGUUAAAGUGUGGCUGUUGGAACUCUUAAUGGCCCUCAAAAGUGUGUAGGAGGUCUUAUGUUCGUACCUGGUAUUUUGUUACGUAGGCACACUAUACCAAGGAUCCUCAUUAUCUACUCUGCCUUCAAACUCUAAGUCAUAAUGGAACAUGCAAUAACUAAAAAAAAUGCAACACAGAAGACAGUGUAUCAUCAUGUCACUUUAGGCAUAUGCUACUUUAAGACGACAAUGAGGAACGCGAAGAGGAUCUUUUUGUCAUUGUAAAUCCUUGGGAACAGUGUGUGAAGGUCAGAUGCAAGAGAUGGACUCUCCUCCAUCCUGCUCAUUAAGUGCCACAGGGCCACUAAGCGAUCUUGGAAGCAGUGGCCUUGGUGGGUCCAUAUCCAGCGAUUCUGUACGAGCUCAUCUCGCGAUUGAGAUGCAAGAGAGCGAUGUGGAAAGUAAAUCACUGUCACAGGACUCAUUUGAUUAUUCGGAUGGAAUGUGCGGUGAGAACUUCAAUACUCUGAAGAAAGGGCCUGGCUGGAACGACGUAGAUAGCAAGCUGGAAGUAGAAGUGGUAGAUGUGGCAAUAAAACCACCACCAGAAUUUCAAGAUAGUCCAUCUCCACCGGACUCGGUGUCCUCCGCCGCACCAAUAGUUUGCUAUACGCAGCUUGUAUGCAAAAAACUGCCACGGUGGUUGGACAAUAUAGCAGAAAAUCUGGUGCAUCUUAUUAUUGAGGAAGCAUUAGCUAUAUCCUGCAGGAUAUCUUGGCCAGAAGGACGAAUAGCUCCAGCGAUACAUUCAGCCACCGUGUUAACUUGUAACGCGCACAAUUCAAAACUAGUGUGGACAUCGGAAUUUAUGGGCGCCUCGGCGUUAUGUCAGGGUAGCGCGACCAUCACGAUAACACCAUAUAACACGUUAAAUCGUCCUAAUUCGCGCUGUUCUCUGGCCUCUUCGAGGUUAUCGAGUUCUCAUAACUCUAUAAAUACAACCGGGCUCAGUCACAAAGUGGACGACAGCAGUUUCAUUACGUCGGCAAUGUCCCAUGAUGUCCUAACUACCAGCGAAAUUAGUGACAUGUACAAUGUACCCUUCGAUUCGGACAUAUACACGGUACCAAUAGACGUGGUGCGACCUCUACAUGAAUUACGUACUCCACAGAGACCAAAACGACACCGUCACCAUCGGAAGCGACGAAGAAAUGUGUCGGCGAGUUCACAGAGCGAACUGGAGGCGCAUAUUCAGCAAGCGAGGCAUUACUGCGGCAAGCCCAGGGCAAUCACACAUGUGAUAAAGUCUCAGCGACUCUUGGCUGAAGUUUGCUGCAACGAGGCUGGCAACGGGAAGCGCCAUAGCGUUCCUGGAACAUCCGGCCGACAUAGUGGACGUUCAUCGAAUAGCCACACGCACAACAUUGGCGAGCCUAUACAUAUGACGCUUCACGAAGUGCGCCAGUAUCUUCAGACUCUCUAUUCGAGCUCCAGUGAUUCUAGUGAAAAUAAGAUAAAACGCGAUAAACUUCCCGCGGGUCAAACACCCGUGCAUCUAGCUACGCCAAAGGGUAUUAGUGUAAAUAACAACAAUAGAUAUAGCAAUCCGCAUACGGAUUCUUCGACGGAUACCCCCAUAUCCAACAAGAGCAGUAAUGGACUGAUUCAUAAUAAUAAUAACAACGGUAACGUCAGAAAACAUAAGAAAAAUGCCUUCGUUAGUAUCAAACAUAAAAAAGCUAAAGACGAGCAGCAUAAUAAAGAGAAGGUUGAGAAUGAGAGAGAAAAGAUUAAAAAGACUCAAAGGAAUUUCUCUUUGAAUCUGAAGCAGACCCUCUGCAACAUAUUUAGAUUCCGCAGGCUCGGUUCGCCUGAUCAUUUCGUAGGCAAAAGGAACAGCAUUGUCCAGGGUGAAAUCGUGGAGGAGGAGGAAGGUGUUGACUCUGAUCAACAUGCGAAUAAUAAUAAUACGACCAGUGAAGUUGACUCUUCUGUUCAGAAGCUUCCAUUUUUCAAGCGCGCCCUUCCUCCCCUUCCUAAGAACAAUGGUCAGGUAGGCAUCGAGCAAGCUGAGGUUGCUCUCACAGCCAUAUUAGCCAAACCAGACUCCCCUACCUCAAUACAACGCAUGCCAGUACUGCCUGCCCGAGAAGAGGAAGAGACCGCUGAGGAUACCAGUAUGGACUUUGCUGCCAGUAUCGAGAAAGUAAAGGAUUACGGAUGGUAUUGGGGUCCCAUAUCUGGUGAGGCAGCCGAGAAGAUCUUGUCCAAUGAACCGGACGGUUCAUUCAUCGUGAGAGAUAGUAGCGACGAUCAUUAUAUUUUCUCACUAUCAUUCAGACUGAAUAGUUGUGUACGACACGUCAGGAUAGAACACGAUCAGGGUAACUUCAGCUUUGGUAGCUGCACGAAAUUUAAGUCACAUACGAUAGUCGACUUCAUUGAGAACGCAGUGGAGCAUUCACGUAGCGGACGCUAUUUAUUUUUUCUUCAUCGUCGUCCUGUUCUGGGGCCGAUGAGGGUACAGUUGUUACACCCGGUGUCGCGCUUCAAGCAGGUCCAGAGUCUUCAACACACAUGUAGAUUCGUAAUCCUUAAAAUGGUGCGCAGGGACUUGAUACCCACUCUUCCAUUACCUAGACGUCUCAUAGACUACCUGAGCACGCCGCAUUACUACAGUGAGCAAGUGGCUGAGCAGGACGAUCGUGCGGAGUCCCCAGUUAGUUCUUCUACUGGUGAACUCGAAAAGAUCUGUUUCACGCCUCAGGGUUUGUCGUGAGAUCAGGCAUCAUCACAAACCUGGUCCCGCUUACAAUUAAGAUAUGUAAGAUAACCUUACGAAGGGCACCAGAAGAGACCAUACAAAAGUGAAAAAGCAAAAGAGAGAGAUUUGAGAACAAAGAAGAAACAAAGGAGAGAAGACAUCGGGACUGUAGGAGAGGAUGUCCAGGUCAGUCCGUGUCCGAUAUCCAGUCGAUGCAAAAGGCGCGUUUAAUUUUUUCUUCAAAAUAUUCUUCCGCUUCUUUUCCGUUUCCAUUUUUUUUUCUUUUUCUUCUUAAUGCUAUAAAAAAGUGUGUCUUACAAGGAGCUAAUAAUAAUAAGGUACGACCCUUGUCACUGUUACAUUUAAGUUUGCUCCAAUAACCUUUGACCUUUUGCAAAUCAAUCGACCGGAUUACAUAUGGCGGGCGUGUAGUAUUUAUAUGUGAAUGAGGUAUACGUAGGCAAACGUGGAUUUGUUGCUAGCAUAAAAUAAGUGCACAAUCUGUUGAAGAUGUUGGUAAAAAGAGCUUACUAAAAUGGGAAAACGAGCGAUGCUGGCAGAAUAUUUAAGAGGUGGGAGGGGAAGAAAAGAACGGAAGGAAUGUAAAAAGACAUGGUAAUGAAAGAAAAGUGAAAGAGCAGAUAAAGAAAUGUAAAUCUCUUCGCGUGCCAUAAUUAUGCCUUCGCGUUUAAAACAGUUCGGAUCGAAUUCUCGAAAGUAGAAUCGAUUUCUCAAUUAUACAUAUUAAAUAGGAUGAAAGUAAUAUUCGACACUCGCCAUUUUCGCUAUUGAGUCCUUUUCGCAGAUUGAAACAAAUUCCAUUGUAAUAUUGAUGUCAGAUUAUACGAUACGGCUCAUAAUUGAUCGUUUCGCGUACAGUGAUAGCAGUUAUCUUACAAGGAAUAUGAUUAUGAUGUCCGCCCCCAAUAUCAUUCCUUUUGUGAUCUGGUAUACAGCAAUCAAAUCUAAGAGAAACUUAUCUUUUCUUAAGAGCGAUAACGCAGUUUUAAAGAAUGGAACUUACAUCCAAAGUUAAUUGUGCAAGGGGGUGAUUUUUUAGAUUGGCAUAGAAGCCUUCAGCCAAAGAAAAAAAAACGUUUCUUAGAUUUGGAUAAUCUACAACAUAUGAUAAAAGAACAAAUCACAGGGGCACACCGAAGUGAUGUUUUUCGUUAAAAUGAAAAAGAAUUAUUCAUUGCAGUUCUUUCUUCUCGUUAAGAAUAUGGCCAAAGCACGUAAUACGAUUGGUUAAAGGCAUAAUUAAGCAUUUAGAAUAAGCUAAUGCGAAUUUUACGAAUUCAGAUAUACACACGGAGUUAUAAACACACAUUAUGGUAUUGUCUGUAUAUUAUUGAUAACGGGCCACGGUGGCCUCGAUUAUCCUUUUUUUUAUUCUACUUUCUUUUUCUCCGUUCUGCGCGUUCCUCUCCUAUAUUUCUCUCUUUACGGAUUUGCAUGUGCAGUCAAAGUGCGGUCUCUCUCUUCUUUAAUCAUUUCGAAACAUUCUCCAGCGCCUUUCAUUGUAGGCACGAAGGCAGUAGAUAAAAGGAGAAGUGGCGAUUCGUCCAAAUGGACCAGUUGCAGUUAAGAAUUAUUAGGAACCGCGUUAAUUGUGUUAAAUGCGAUUGCGCGGUAAGACCUGUUAUUGUUUGUGUUUUGUUGUUUUUUCUGUUGGAGUCCAGUAAAACGAAACUCAAUACUAAUAUAUAAAUAUAUAUAUAUAUAGAGAGAGAAAGAAAAAAUUGUAUACAGCGAGCAAUAACGCGAACGAUUGAAAAGAUGAAGAACAGGGAGAAAAAGAGAAAGAAGAAGAUAAAUAAUGCGAAAAAAAGGAACAAAGAAAGCAGCGUUCUGUCGCGCGAGUUGCUCAGGACAUUUUUCGACUGGAAGACUUUAUACACGCGAAUUUUCGAUGUAUUUUCAUUAAAGCGAAAUGUACGAGAAACAUAUAAAGCGCCUACGUGUUCAUAUGCUUUGUAAACACAAGAUUCAUGAUAGCAAGAAAGAAGAAGAAGAAGAAUAGGAAGAAGAAGAAGAAAAGACAGAACAAUGCGUAUCUCAUGUAUACGCGAGAAGAAUUUAACUGAUUCGUUCUAGGAACUCGCGAAUCUAUUCACGAUUUCUCUUCUGAGGUGCGCUUAGAAACCUCACUCGGGGUAAGUCUGGUCUAUUGGGAUUUUUUUAUCAGCAUUAUUAUGAUGAAGAUAGAAUGAGACUAGAGUGCACUCCAGCGAGGUUCUUGAACGUGACCCUGAUGUCGGAUUUAGGAGAUUGAAAUCAUUGCGAAUUUAUCAUCAUCGUCAUCGUUAUCGUCAUCAUUCCAUUAAUUAAUUCAUCAAUUAAUUGCAAUAUCGUUGUUACUCGUUAUUCGUCCAUAGUAACGACGCUAGUCAUACAGACUUUUAAGUUGCCGAAUAAGCAGAAAUAACCAAAAAGACAUUCAAGAUAAUUCAUUGUCUUGAAUUCAUAUUCUUUAUCUUGUAUUUAUCUGCCUCUUAUAACGAUAUUCUCUCUUUUUUUAAAUUGUUUUAACAUUAGGAAAUAAUUUUUAAUCUUCAUGAUUUUGGAGUUCUUUUGUUCAUGUUUUUAUUUUAUGUAUUAUUGAGUUUAUGUACAGUGCAGUGAAAGAGUCCUGAUCUAUUUGAACGAAUGGAAAUAGUGAAAAUUGGUGAAGACUGUAGAACCACUCUGUAUUAUGUUAUACUUGAUUAUUCAGGACUAUUGCACUACCGGAAGUUUGCACGUCCAUUUGAUGUAUCGAUUUCUGCAGUAGAACCAUCUUCAAAUGUUGCAAUACUUUUGGAAUAGUUCUAUAUACGAACUUUCAAAGGCCAUUUUUGAGUGAAUCCCAAUGCCUCCUAUUCCGAACAUGGCGUUUCCUCUAGUCCGAGAUCCCACUUUUCAAUCAUCAUCGAGUUCAACGUCGUUAGGUUCAUUUGUAUGUUUCUUUUAUACAUACAUAUAAAUAAAUAAACAAUUAACGUUCAGUCAGUCGAAAACGUUUUGCAAGUGGCUAUAUAACGUCUCAUCGUGGCCUCUUGUUCGUGGAAAUAUAUAUUUUAUAUUCUUUAUGUUAAGUCUUACUAAUAAUUUGUAUUUAGUACUUAUAUUGUGUAGUGGUAUGUUUUGGAAAUAGGAAGAAAAGAGAAAGGAGACAAUUAAGAAAAUUGCCUGUGAUCACUUUGUCCAAUUUUGUACAAGUAUGUAGCCCAGUUAUUUCUAUUUUAUUUAUUUCCAUCUUGGAUGUUAACUAUAGAAAUCCCACUGUAUUAGGAUCAUUGGAAUUGCCUGUGAAAUUUCAAUUUUCACAAAUGUAAUAUAGGUGAGAUAUAUUUUAGUUCCAUGAACGAGAGUACUCUAAUUACGCCUAAAAGAUUCUGCAUUUCCUUAACCAUUUAUUCACUCAUUUAUGAAGGUAAUUUAUAAGCCUAAGCAAAUACACAUGGUAUUUGAUUAAAGAGGAAAAAAGAAACGAACGUUUGUACUGCAAUGUUGACAAUGAAAUAAAAUUUUUGAGACUA